AUGGCGGAGUCCCAGGUGCUCCUGCUGGACGAGCUGCACGUCAACGAGAAGGUGACGGAGGCCCAGGCUCGCUUCUACUACAGCGAGGAGCAGCGCCGAGCCCUGGAGGCGCUGGUGACCCGCGGCGAGGCGGCGUAUCGGGAGGCGCUGAGGAAGGAGCAGCUCCGCGACUUCCUCUCCAGCCGGGAGCUGCAGGACCUGCGGGGCGGAUGGCGGGGGUACGACGACCCCCGGGAGGGCGGCAAGGUGGCGCGGGGGCCCGGCGGCGAGACCCUCUCGCUGGCCUACUGGCCCGAGUGCUCGGACACGGAGGUGCCCCCGUUGGACUUGGGCUGGACCGACAAGACCUUCUACCGGGGUAUCAGCCGGGUGUCUCUCUUCACGCACCCCCGCAAGGAGGAGAGCGCGCCGCACCUGAAGGAGGUGGUGCGGGAGAUGAUCCAGCAGGCGCAGAAGAUUAUUGCAGUGGUCAUGGAUGUAUUUACAGACCGGGACAUCUUCCGCGAUAUCGUUGAUGCAGCAUAUAAGCGCUGGAUCCCAGUCUAUAUAAUCCUAGAUGAGGAGGGUGUGAAGCUUUUCCUGGAAAUGUGCAGAUGUCUUGACCUCAGUGACUUGCAAAUCCGGAAUAUCCGCAUACGUUCUGUGACAGGAGUUGGGUUCUACAUGCCAUCAGGGAAGAUCAGAGGCACACUGGCCUCCCGAUUCCUAAUGGUGGAUGGUGAAAAGGUGGCCACUGGAUCAUACAGCUUCACAUGGACUUCAUCCCACAUCGACAGAAACAUCCUGCUAGUCUUGACAGGACAGCAUGUAGAAAUGUUUGACGUUGAGUUUCGUGAGCUCUAUGCCAUCUCAGAGGAAGUUAAUUUAUACAAGGAACUGGGUAUUGCUAAUCCAUUCCUUCUUGGAAUUGGGAAGCCAGGCUUUCAUUCCUCCACUGUGGCUAGGAAGUUCAUCAACCCCAAGUAUGGUUUAGUUGCAGGGGCAACCCGUGGUGAUAUGAUGCUCUGGGCUUCACGACACAGGCAAGAUAAUCAGGGAAACAUGGAAAAGGAGGAAACAAGUGAGUCAAAGAAGCGGUUAAAUCAGUUUCUGAAUGACUUAGUCACAUUGGAGCAAGUAUUCCCAGAAAUAGAUCCCCCUCUGGAGAACUUGAACAAGCUGAAUCGGAGCCCUCAGAAACUGUUGUCCCGGCUCCACAUGGACCUGAAAAAUAAAUCCAAAUCCAGAGAAUCUAUUCGUGAUGUGAAGAAGGAAGACGCACUGACCAAUUCAAAGCAAGGAAAACGGUUUGCCAGUGGGCUUUUCAGUCGCAAGGCCAAACGGUCUCCAGGCUCAAGCAUUGAGGCCAAUUCUUUUGCCAGUGAAGGACAUUCAGGAGAAGACCUUGGGAACAUGAAACUGGAAUAUGAGCGGCUUAGCAUUGGCCGUGCUAGCGUUCGGAGCACUGGAGGCAUCUCAGGUAACCUGAAUCCAAACUCCACUAUGAGCGAUAAAAACAAACAAUCUACCUGCGUGUUAUCUUGAUGGGGAAGAAUUGUCUGGAGAACUGAAGACUGAACAAGCUGGAACAGUAACUUCUUAAUUGAUUUAGAACCUUCAGCCAUAUCCUCACGCAGUGGUCUGUAAAGCCACUGCACGGGCCUGGAUGCACCUGGCACCCCCAGUUAAAGCACAUUUCUGGGUGAAGCUUAGACUUUGGAUGGUCGGUCCCUUAAAUGAGGGUUAGUGAUGAAUGUAUUAGUCCAUAUGUCUGUGUGCACACAUAUUUUACAUAUAAAAACAACUGUGAUGACUGGUCUCAGAGCUCGCUCUGUGUCCAGAUAAAUGCAGGAGAUUUUCUGACUUACUUGUGCUGCUACUUCAGUCUGUCUAGCUACAGACUAGGAAUCACUGUAUUGCAUUGUUUACUCUACU